AUGCCAAAAAAACGGCUCAUCGCUCUUCUCAUCUGGAUUCUUCUCGCUAUUGGACUCACUGGCUGGCUCAUCGUCGAGAGUGCAAAGUUCAGAACUCUCAGUGAACUGGUCUCAUCGAUUUGGAAGGGACCUCGAAAAGGAGCUUUGGAUGCUCAGUUCGAAAAGGAAACGUUCAAGGAUGCACCACGCGUAUGUGCUCCAUGUGCAGGAGGAAAUUUCAUCCUAAAAAGAUUUUUGAUGCAGUCGUUCAAAUUCCGACAGGCUAUGGAAUGGAAAGAAGACGAGUGGAAGCAAACAGAUUGUGUCAACGGCAUGAAGGAGGACACGUUGGACAGUGUGCUCAUGGACUGCGCCCAGUUAAACUUUCUUGCUCUUCUAUUCGGAGAAACCGUUGAAUACAUGGGAACCCGAGACGGCUGGACCAUCACCUAUCUUUACAAUCGAACAUCGUCCGAGGGAGCAGAUUGGAUCGCUAACGAUUUGUCUGGAAAAGUUGGUUAUCGAAGAAGCAACGAUGACAUGAGCGAUCUCAACAAGGCGGUCUUGAUUCUUCUCUUCAUGGCUACGUUUUCUGCCAUACUCACUGUUCUAGGAUGGUAUCUGACUACGACGUUCAUGAAGCUGUCUUCUCAUCUGGCAAGGAAAAGACGUCACGAACAACGGAGACGUGCUUUAAAAAAGAUGGGAAGCUUUGGAAAUGUGGAUAGCAGACUGUACAACGACAUGGAUGGAAGUGAAGAGCUCAAAGUGAUCUACACUGUGAAGGAAGAGAAGGUCACAGUCAAGAAGGAAAAAAAGCUCAUCACCAUGGAGUUCGCGAAUCUCGGAAAACCGGAAGAAAUUAUUGGAUGCAUCCCCGACAAUGCUGAACCGAAGUUGGAGUAUGAAUGGCGGAGGCUGCAGAAAAAAUCCGUAAAGGAAACUCAGGAGACACCUCAGAAGAAAACACAAAAAACUCAAAAAAUUGGAGUUGUGAAAGUGGAUGAGAAAAUGGAAAGACAAUGGGCUGAGAUUGAAAACGACGUAUUUGGAUUCCCGACACAGAAGAAAAAUUUUAUGCGGUCCAUGAGUAGCAGCCCUUAUGGAACUUUGGAGAGAAAAGAGAAAAAUCGAUCGAUCGCUAGCUUCAACACUGUAGAAGGACCAUGGAGAGGAGCAGGAAUCGAAUCAGUGGACCUUCCAUAUGUGCUUGAAUCCGAUUGCGAAUACGCGUAUUUUGACUGGGAUGACGAACCAGACGAUGCUGAUAAUAAUGAAAAUCUGGAGCAGACAAAAAUUGAGGAGAAUCAGUCAACGAUAUGGGCCAGAGAAAGCGGAGCCGUUCUAGCCAGGCAAGUGAUCGAAAAUAAUGCAGCAUUACGGAAACAGAGUGAUAUCAAUAAUAGUUAG